UUUUGAAGGGGGCAGUCAACGAACAACCGCCAGCCAGCCGGCAGCAGUAAUUCUAAUUUGGCAUUCAUGGACUGAAAUGAAGAGCCGCCGCGUACUUGGCUCGAAGGCCGGACACGCAUUCUCGCACAAUGCCUUCCAACUACGAACUAUACGAUCUCUGAGACCCCUGCACAAGCUCGGCGGCCCUGCCAGAGCUCUGCCAAGCAGCAGCAAUUGUUGCGGCCCGACCAGAUGCUUCCACGCCUCUCCCUCCCCGAGCUCGCGGCCCUGGAAGGUCGCGCCGCCGACCGCACCCUCGGUGCACCCGCACUCAUCGGCCUCGGAGCCGGCGUCCCUGCCCCUGCCCGAGCAGCUCCGCGCCCUGAUGCGCCUUCUGACGCACUCGGUCGUGGUGUGCACGUCGACGGCGCCGGCGUCGCGGAGCCCGCGCGCCAUGACCAUGUCGUCGUUCACGUCGCUGGCCCUCGCGCCGGGGCCGGGACCCGUCGUGUCCUUCAACGUCGCCGCGCCCAGCCGCACCCUCGACGCCUUGAGGGAUAGCAAGAGGUUCAACGUCCACGUCCUGGCUGGCGGGCCGGCGGGGGCUAGGGUGGCGGAUUGGUUUACGAGGGGCAACGACGAGGGGCGGCGGGUCUUUGAGGAGCUCGCCGGGUGUGGUGUCGAGUUGGUUCAGGCACAGGCCGGCUCUGGGGAAGAGGCUCGGCAGGCGGAGGUGGUGGAGUCGCCAGUUCUCAGGGGCGAGGGGGUGCUGUACGUCAUACGGUGUAAGCUCCUGGACGAACCGUCAGGCGGCCUGAUAAGGGUUCGGGACCAUGUCAUUGUGCUGGGCGAGGUCGUCGAGAUUAUCGAGGGCAGCGGGAAGGGCGGUGUACCAGGCGCCGACGACUGCUUUGGACUCAUAUACGCGGAUAGACGGUACAGGCAACUGGGAAGCACUUUGGCCAGGGAUGACACCGGCCCGCAGUCAGAAGACCCGGGCUCGGAUCCCAAGAAUUAGAGGCUUGCAUAUCCAUGUUUGCUGAGCGGGUUACAUAGGUUUAGAGGAAUCACGCACGGUUGCCUAGAGGAUAUGGAGCAAUGGCCAGGCUCACUGCCCGUGGCUGCCUGCCAAUAGUAAUAGUGUACACUAGGGAAAUUGCAUAAUAGAACAAUCUCGACUUAUCGAGGCAGAGC